CUCGCGGCACUCGCUCGCCUCAGCCUUCACUCGCGCCAGCAGGAUGUCCAUCGUCGAGGAGGUCGAGGAUCCCGAGAUCGAGGACUCUGAUGAGGAGGACUCGGACGAGGACAUGCCUGAGCUCGAGGCCGCCGAGGGCGGCGACGGCGAUGCUGCCUCGGACACCUACAUCAUCUUCGGCGAGGCUAAGAUCGAGGACCUCUCCGCGCAAGCGCAGCAGGCGGCCGCAGAGCGGUUCAAGCGGCCGGCGGGGAUUUCUUUUCUUGCGGCCGCGGAGCAGUUCAAGGAGCCGGUGAUGACGAACAAGCCGGAGAUGGCGAAGGUGACGAAGCCCGUCAUCGAGGAGAUUGGCGGCGAGGACGGCGAGGUGGACGAGACGGGGGUGGAGCCGAAGGACGUCGAGCUCGUGAUGAGCCAGGCCGGCGUCUCGCGCGCCAAGGCCGUCAAGGCGCUCAAGAUCAACGAGGGCGACAUUGUCAACGCGAUCAUGGAGCUCACGAUGUGAGGAGCCCGCCGCGGCGGGCAAGCAGCCUCUGCUCGACUUUGCGCUGGCACACGCGCACGCGCUACACCUCCGCCCUCGGCGCGGCGGCGGUGGUGGCGACGACCCGAAGGGUCGUGGAAGCCGGAGCGGCCAUGCUUCGCUGACGCCACACCACCCCGCCCGCCGGGCGGCGGGAACCGAACCUCUGUCUCUGCCGGCGGCCUUCCCGCCAAAGUACAGCGCCCUCUCCCGCGCGUCUCGCAUGGCGUCUCCCUCUUCUCCCUUUUAUUGUCAUCUCUCUACAGUC